AUUUGCCUCGAGGAAGAAUAUGUAGGAUCAGCCCCGCUAUUCCCAUGACAGGACGAACUUUGGUGAUGUCAAACCGGCGGGGUUCCGCCAGGAAACAACUCCCUCUGCGACUGCCCAUCAUUGCCCCCAAAGAUGAUAUCCAUGCCUCGAGCUCGGCGCUCUCCAUACCGGCGUUGAUCAAAGCUUCGAUUCCCCGUUCUCGCCUGCGCUUUCCCCCACGUUCUCGCUCCGGUUGCUGGACAUGUAGAGUGAGCCAGCCCUUCAUCCCAGAGGGAGACCCGAGGAUAUUUCCACGAUAUGCUAACAUGUGCGCUUGUGAGGCUAGAGUCGGAAAGUCAAAUGCGACGAAACCCACCCUCAAUGCAAUCAAUGUGCACGGCUAGGUCACCUCUGCGACUACCAACCGCGUCUCUGCUUUCGGGACGAUACCCGUCGGGUGAGGGAACGCAUGUCGGAUAUUGACACGACAGGAAAUGCCGUCUGGGAUU